AUGCAAGAUUUAGAAGAAAAAAUUAAUAAAAUAACAAAAGAAAUACAAAAUGAAACGGAUGAACAAAAUAAAAAGAAAUUAGAAGAGGAUAAAGAUUUUUUAAUUACAAUUAAAGAUUCAUUCAAAGCAAAAGAUGAAGAAAUUAAAGCAAAAGAUAAUAAAUAUGAAGCUUCAAUCAAAACAAAAGAUGAAGAAAUUAAAGCAAAAGAUGAUAUUAUUUCAAAGAAUAGUGGACACUUAAAAUGUGCUUUUAAAGAAAGUGAAUUUAAAGAAUUAGAUAAUCCAUUUUGUGAUAAAGUAGAAGGAAAAAAUUCUGCAUUAUUGAGUUUCUGUCAAACGGGAAAACGAAUUAUAAGCGAAGGAGAUGUUACAACUUUUUUCAAUAAUUUGAUAAAUGAUGUUUUAUUAUUAUGUGGUCUUGGUGAACAACUCCGAAUCCAAAGUGAAUUUUCCAUUACAAGCUUUAGGGUUGAUAUUUUGAUCAUUACUCACCGUGGCAUUCCAAAAGGAGUAAUCCAACUCAAAAGACCAUGUGAAGAAUUUUCUGAAGAAUCAUAUGGUCAACUCUUUGAUUACAUGUUCUUACUCCAACAUGUACAUGGUGUAUCAAAUAUCUUUGGUAUUAUAAGCUGCUACUUUAAAACUAGAAUUGCAUGGUUGGAUGGUAACAAACUCGUUGAAACUGAAAAAGUUGAAGAAUUGUCACCUAUAUCCAUACCAAAAUUAAAUUCACCAUUCGUUCAGCAAAUUCAAGUUCCAAUAAAACUUUUUUUGGGUGAUCACCCAAAAAAGGAUAGGGUUUCACACCAACUUGAUCAAAUCAAAGAGAUUAAGAGAUUCUUAUUUGUAUCACCAGAAAUCACUCACAUCGACCGUACCUCAAAUGAUGAAUCAAAAUUGGUUGAAUCACUUUGUUCUGUUGUUAAAAAGAUGUACUAUUCCAACAUUAACCAAAGUUUACAAUUGAAAAAUACAUUUAUGGAAUUCACUCGAAAUUCUUUUAAAUGGGUAGAGUUAAAUAAAAUUAGUUUUACUGAUUUAGGUUCAGGUGUUGAAGGUAAAGCAUGGUUAGCAAUUAACACUCAAGCCAAAGCAUUUGUAAUCAAGUUUUUCGGCGCAAAUAAACAAAAUCUUGAAGAAGAAAGUAAACGUUGGUAUGAUAUUUGGCGAAUCAAAACCUUGGUUUUAGAGUUUAACAAUGAACGUUGUUUAUUGAUGCCAUUUUUUAAACCAAUUACCUCUGUUGAUUACAACAAAGAUGGUUUUAAAGAUAGAUUAAUGGAUGCUUGUAAUCAAUUUUCAAAUUCAGGCUAUUUACAUUCAGAUUUAUCAUUAAGACAUGUUGGCAAAUAUAAAUAUAAUGAUGAAGACAAGUUUAUAUUUUUUGAUUUGGGUUUAGUUGAAAUCAUUAAACAAGAUGCUGCAAAUAAAAUGUUUAAAAAUGUAACUGAUAAUAUUGAGAUAAAGAAAAAGAAGAAGAAAUUCAAAUUUUAG